CCGAGCUUCCGGGCGCUCUGACGCAGAACGCUGGGGGCGCGGGGAGCCCCGGGCUUCCAGCCGGACAUGGACCUGCAGAGAUUCGACUCCUACCAGGGGGGAGCUGGCCCUGACUUCAACGAGCAUGUCCUGCACAAGACCAUCCUGGUGGGCGACAGUGGCGUGGGGAAGACAUCUCUGCUGGUCCAGUUCGACCAGGGCAAGUUCAUCCCCGGUUCCUUCUCGGCCACUGUGGGCAUCGGAUUCACAAACAAGGUGGUGACCGUGGACGGUGUGAGGGUGAAGCUGCAGAUCUGGGACACCGCAGGGCAGGAGCGGUUCCGCAGUGUCACCCACGCUUACUACCGAGACGCCCAAGCCUUGCUCCUGCUGUACGACAUCACCAGCAAGUCUUCCUUCGAAAACAUCCGGGCCUGGCUCACGGAGAUUCACGAGUACGCCCAGAGGGAUGUGGUGAUCAUGCUGCUAGGCAACAAGGCAGACGUGAGCAGUGAGAGGGUGAUACGUUCGGAGGACGGAGAGAGACUAGCCAGGGAGUACGGAGUUCCCUUCAUGGAGACCAGCGCCAAGACGGGCAUGAAUGUGGAGUUAGCCUUUCUGGCCAUUGCCAAGGAGCUGAAAUACAGAGCCGGGCAGCAGGCUGAUGAACCCAGCUUCCAGAUUCGAGACUACGUGGAGUCCCAGAAGAAGCGGCCCAGCUGUUGCUCCUUCUUGUGACUCCCAAGGGGCUGAGAGAAGGCUCCAGAGGCCCAGGAGAAUGCAGCCCUCUCCCCCAGACCUGGUUGAUUCUGAGCUGCUGAGCCAAUGGGGAGAGAGUUGGGGGCCCAGUGCACAGCCCCUUCCCGAUUGGGGGCUGUACCACCACCCCUAUCCUAGUUCCUGUAGCUUCCCUGCAUCCCCAGAGAGGGUAAAAUAUUUAUAUUUCAUUUUAGUGAUAGAUAAUUUAACACACACAAGGGCACCAGAAAACCAAGGUAGGGACCUGGUGGCCUUUUGCAUUCCAGUAUAUACUAGGACUUAGGGGCUGGGCCUCCCUCCUAGCCAUGAUGAGGGCAGUAUUGCUCCAGCUCACUACCAAGAACAUGCACUUCUGGGGCAUAAGGGCAGGCAGUGACCCUGUUCCCACCCUCACUUCAUCUGGAGAGAAGCUGAGUGGACCCCAACCUUCAUUUCCUCCAGUUUCCCAGGGAACACUCUUCCCCAGUAAGAUGGGCCCUUGUGCUGGAAGCUCAACCAAAGCUUAUCUCUUAUCAGGGAAGACAAGGAAUAUGGAGAUUGGGCAGGGGCUCAGCUCCCUCCCUGGGAGGGGGGAGAGGAGUAGCAGAUGGGGUCUUUUUGGCUACCUCUAGCCUUACUAGCCUGCUUUAGGAGGUGUACCCCUUUUCCUCCAGCCCACAAGCACAAUGGGGCACUUGGAAACAUUUGGUUUCUAUCUCUGGAUCUCCCUGAAUCCCUAGUCUUACUUACCUUCCUUUCUGCCUAUGCCCCUAGACACCUAAGGUCACAGCGAAGGAAAGGUUUCUCCUGUCUCAACCCUUGGGCAGGUGUGCAGUCCACACGCUACUUCUUCAAGCAGCUGUAGUGCUUCCACUGGGUAAAGAGCCAGUAAAGGGAAACCCCUAACUCCUGGAGCAGGUGGGAAGCAAACCUCACCCCAUGUGUAUCCCCCUAAACCCAACUCGUCUCUCUCCUUUAACCCAUGCCCUUUUCUUCGCAAACAGGCCCCAGGGCCCAAACUGCCUCUCUCUCUUCCUAUUGAGACAGGCUAGGGAAUGAGAGGUCAUCCAUUUCUGGGUUAACCAGAAUGUGUGCAAAACAAGGUCAUGUGGGUAAGGCUGGGGAGGGGAAAGGGGCAGCAAGAGUUUACGUGAGACUAGGGUAACACGUCUCCCAAAGCCCCGACCCCAGCAACUGGAAGGGGAUAGGAGAUGGGAAUGUCAGGACCUGGAGGCACCGUAACUCCAGCUCCCCAGGACAGGGGCAGAGGAGAGGGGUGGGAAAGAGGUAUCACUGCACAUUUCUGAGGGUACUGCAUUUGCUUUCAAGGCAGAAAUCUUGUCUGAGCAGAGUCAGCAGCUCCAACUUGGGCCCUGAUAAGGAAGCUCUUGGAGGCCUCUCCCGGGGAGAGCAGGGAGGAGCCUGACCUUGCCCAAGGCAGGUCAAAAGGGAUCCAGUACCAUGGGCUGCUCUGGGCCUUUGGUGUUUGUUUUUUUCAGAAUUAAAUUGCAGUAUUUUGGAAAGUACAUCUUGUCCGCUGUUUCUUUGAGUUGCGCCCAGGAGAGGGGAUCGUGUUGAAAAGGAGGGUUAGUGUUUAUUGGAGGAACUGUCAUUAACUGCCAAAAUCAUUUGAUCCUCAUCCUU